AUGGAAAUUAAUAUUAAUGUGGGGACAUAUGAUGGCAAACUUUUAGGUUUCUCUUUAGAUGAUUAAUUUUCAUCGAAUAAUACUCUCUACUCAUUUCCAGCCUCCACAUCUUUAAUCAAAACAACCUAUCAGAAUGGACGCUAUUUGUUCAUCGGAGGUUCUGAGGAGUUGAUCAAGGUGUAUGAUGUCAGAAGGAGAGUUGAAGUCACCUUAUUAGAGCAGCAUAAUGGAACGAUAACUUAGAUUGCAGGCCACACUAAUUUUCUAUUCACAGCGGCUGAAGAUGGAAAAGUAAAUUUAUGGAGAAAUAAAUAAUGGGCUAUACUUAAUACAUUCCAAUGUGGAAGUCCUGUUAUAUGCAUAGCUAUUCAUGAAUCAGGAAAGAUCUUAGCUUGUGCAACCAAAGAUCAGAAAUUGCAUCUCUAUAAUUUGAUGAAUUUAAAAAGAAUUGCAUUGAAGAAAUUUCAUUUUAAUAUUGAUAAGAUUCAUUUCAUUUCAAAGGAAGAAGAAAUCCAAUAUUUAUUAUUUCAAUCAGACAGAAAAUGCUAUAUAGUUGAUUGUGAGACCAAUAAGGUAGCCCACACUAUAGAUUUUACAGCCUAGAUAACGGAUUCAAUUUUAAAUCAGGACUCACUCAUUCUUUCAGAUGCAAAUGGAAUGGUGUAUAUGAUAAAAUUGACAGUCGACACUUAAUUAUAAAGCAAGAUCAUAGUUAAAUUUAUGGCUCAUUAGAAAAGAAUCAAGUAGUUGUAAUUGUUUGAUUUGAACGAUUAAACAUAUUUGGCAUCUAUUUCAUCUGAUGGCGACAUCAAAAUUUGGGAUUGCUUAUUAUAUGCCAAUGAAUAAUUUGAUGAUAUUGAUCUCAAGAAUAAAUUAAAACCCAUUUAUGUCAUUAGAACAAAUUAGAGAUUGACGUGCUUUUGUGUAAGUGUAGUGUAGAGGAGACAAGCAGAUCAAGAAUAAGAAUAGACUUAAGUUGAGAAACCUAAUAGAGUUCCUAUUGCCAAAUAGAUCAAAAAGUAGUUGGUUAAUAGGAAACCUAAGCAAUUUAAUUAGAAUGCGAGAGUGUAAAAUGUUUAAAAAAAGAUUUAAAAGAAAAAGCCCCAGUAUUAAGUUAUAAAAAUGAACCCUAUAUUAUAAAGUGUUUUGAAUUCUCCUUAAUACUCUCGAACAAUUCCAAAAAAAGAAUAUCAAUUUGCAAACAUCUACAGAGUACCCACAAAAUACAAGGCUACUUCAUGGAAACCCUAUUCAGCAAGAGAUAAAUCAGAAGACAAUUUGAUUGAAUAACUGAGACCUAAAAUUAGAAUUAGGCUACCAUCAUUGUAACAUUAAGAUUCAAGUGGGUCUCAUUAAUAAACUUUCUCAAAGGAAUCAGAAAAAGAGAAGAAAAUAGAAAUUACAACUAAAGUCAUGUAUUACUUAAGCAGAAUGACAGGACCUGAGAAUGCUUCAAAGUCAAAGAAGUACAGAGAAAAAGAGAUCUAAUCUCGAUUAAUGCCAGGAGUGAAUUCGUAUGAUGGACUUUACGAUGAAAUGUACGAAGAUGAUGAUAUUUGAUACUCAAACUAAUAAUUUAUAUAAAUAA